AUGACUACGGUACGGCUGGAUGACUAUAAUAUGUAUUUCGACGAUGGCAUGGUUGAAGAGACCGACGAGGAAGGAGUCGAUGUCGUGGAUGUUGUGGAAGAUCCCUAUAACGCUGAAAUGGAAGGAAUCGGGGAAUACCCACUGGAGGUCGACGAUGAAAGGGUUGAAGCAUCCCCUCUUGACGCCAAAGGCAAGCAGGCUGAGGGAUAUUCCUACGGCAUCGAGAUGGGUAUGAAUAAUAUGGAGAUGUACGAUGAUCAAAUGGACAUACCUGCACACAAUGGUGUUCACGAAAACAACACCGAUGAAAACGUUGGAGGUUCAGAGCAUAUUCGCCGCAGGGGCGAGUUCAAGCGACAUUUGGAUGAAAAUGACGAAGAGUCCAUGGACGAACUUGCGACAAACGACAUCCUUGGAGACCAACACGAGAGGGAAUUAGACACGACGGAAUUUAUAGAAGCACCUGUGGAAGGAGCCGAUGGAAUGGCAGCGGCGCCAACGGUAGCGCUUCAGUUCACGAGGAAAAACCACCAGGGCUCAGGCCGAGCUGCGGGUGAAACAUCACCACAUCUGCACAUUUCAAAAAAGGCCAAACUAGGCAAACAGCGAACUCUUCAUUCGACCCACAGCAGCUCUUCAACACAUGAGCAAAAAAUCAUGGGAGAUGGUCGCUUGAGGGCCCGGCAGGCGCCCAAGCCAUUUUCUGACGAGAUGUCGCGGGCAAUUGCAAUCAUGGACCAGGAGAUACGAGAUCAUGACCUAGGUCAACCGAAGAAGCGGGGUCGCGGAAGGCCACCCAAAGGCUCAAGAAUUGUACCCCAAGUUACAGUCACGGCCACCACGUCGGGAAGCGGUACUCCCGGAACGGGCAGUGGACCUGGAACGGCAAUUAAAAGGCGUGGACGACCACCCAAGGCCCCGCCUUUAUCUAUCAGAGAGAUUUACUUGCAAACAAAGCCCAAAUUUAUUUCCUUUGGCUGCGAAUGGCACGAUCCGCAGCUGUAUCCCACGACUGCCAGCGGCAGGUGUCCCGCUGAGCUGCAAAAUCUUGACACACUGCGCCGGCAUGUGUUUAUCGUCCACAGCUAUGAAUCGGGUUCUUGCAUAUGCCGAUGGGGCAAAUGCUCUGCUCAAUCGGAACCCGUAACAUUCCAAGACGAAGAGGCGUGGACCUCCCACAUGGAACAGAAGCAUCUCAUACCAUACUCUUGGCAUAUGGGGGACGGCAUUCAAAAUCGCGGCAUCGAGGAAUUAAAAAAGGAUAUCGACUCGGAAGAACUUCCGCGUUACCUCUUCUUUGAGGACGGACAACAGGUCACGCCCAGUAUUCGUGACCAACAAUUUGAUGAUCAGCAAGCAACGCUGGACCGGAAAAGGAUGCUCAGCGACAUCCGGAGGCAAGCGGAGGAGAAUGCGCCCACGGAUCAGGAACAUAGAUUACAGCUAUUAGGCCAAGAAAUGCCUCCUCCUGCACGACUUGUUAAUCAAAGGGCAAGCUAA